AUGCCUUGGUGGAGUAAACAUUCAUCUAAAGAUGAAAAGAAGAAAGCUAACAAGGAAAGUAUAAUCGAUGCAUUUAAUCGGAAAUUGGGGUUCGCGUCUGAGGAUAGGUCUAAUGGUCGAUCAAGAAAGUCACGAAGACGACGCGAUGAAAUUGUAGCUCAAAGAGGAGCUAUAUCUCGGUUACCAUCAAGAUCUCCGUCUCCUUCUACUCGGGUUUCACGAUGUCAGAGUUUUGCAGAAAGGUCUCCUGCUGUACCUCUUCCUCGUCCUACUGUCCGUGCUACUGUAAUGAGCACUGAUUCGGGAAUGAAUGGAUCACAGAGACCAGGUUCAGAUGCAAGUCUGAAGUCAUCAUGUCUGCCACUUCCGAAGCCCCAUGGUGCUUCCAGCGCGCCUGAUAAUACCGGUGCUGAGGCUGAUUUUACCACUGCUUCUGUGUCUAGUGGAAGUUCUGUGGGUGACAUUCCAUCUGAUUCUCUUCUCAGUCCACUGGCUUCUGAUUGUGAAAAUGGGAACAGAACAGCAGUAAACAUUUCUUCGAGGGAUCAACCCCUGCAUAGUAACAAAAACUCAGCUGAGAUGUUCAAGCCAGUCCCAAAUUUGCCCAACAAAAACCGGAUUCUGUCGACAUCUCCUAGGCGGAGACCUCUGGGCACUCAUGUGAAGAAUCUACAAAUCCCGCAACGGGAUUUAGUGCUCUGCAGUGCUCCAGAUAGCUUAUUGUCUAGUCCUUCUAGGAGUCCAAUGAGAUCCUUUGUCCCAGAUCAUGUCUCAAACCAUGGGUUGUUGAUAGGCAAACCGUAUUCAGAUGUGUCCUUGCUUGGAUCUGGACAGUGCUCAAGCCCAGGUUCAGGUUACAACUCGGGUAAUAAUUCCAUUGGGGGAGAUAUGUCUUCUCAGCUGUUUUGGCCACAAAGCAGGGCUAGCCCUGAAUGUUCUCCUGUACCUAGUCCAAGAAUGACAAGUCCUGGUCCUAGCUCCAGAAUACAGAGUGGUGCCGUUACACCUCUUCAUCCUCGAGCUGGAGGAUCAACGACUGGGUCACCUACUAGAAGACUUGAUGAUAUCAAACAGCAAAGCCACCGUCUGCCUCUCCCGCCAUUAUUAAUCUCAAAUACUUGUCCGUUUUCGCCCACAUAUUCAGCAGCAACAUCACCGUCUGUCCCCCGAAGUCCAGCAAGGGCAGAGGCUACAGUAAGCCCUGGAUCGCGAUGGAAAAAAGGGAAAUUGCUGGGGAUGGGCAGUUUUGGACAUGUGUAUCUUGGUUUUAACAGUGAAAGUGGUGAGAUGUGUGCAAUGAAAGAGGUCACUCUAUGCUCAGAUGAUCCAAAGUCAAGGGAGAGUGCACAACAAUUAGGCCAAGAAGUAGCAGUUCUUAGCCGGUUACGACACCCAAAUAUAGUGCAGUAUUAUGGCUCUGAAACUAUAGAUGACAAGCUGUAUAUAUAUCUGGAGUAUGUCUCCGGUGGUUCAAUCUAUAAGCUGCUUCAAGAAUACGGACAAUUCGGCGAGAAUGCAAUCCGUAACUACACACAACAAAUUUUAUCAGGGCUUGCUUAUUUGCACGCCAAAAAUACUGUUCAUAGGGACAUCAAAGGAGCAAAUAUAUUGGUGGAUCCCCAUGGUCGCGUAAAAGUGGCUGAUUUUGGGAUGGCAAAACAUAUCACUGCGCAAUCUGGUCCUUUGUCAUUCAAGGGAAGCCCAUAUUGGAUGGCACCUGAGGUGAUAAAGAAUUCAAAUGGCAGCAACCUUGCGGUCGACAUAUGGAGUCUCGGAUGUACCGUUUUAGAAAUGGCUACUACGAAACCUCCAUGGAGCCAGUAUGAAGGGGUUCCUGCUAUGUUCAAGAUUGGAAACAGCAAGGAGCUUCCGGAUAUCCCUGAUCAUUUAUCUGAAGAGGGGAAAGAUUUUGUGAGAAAAUGCCUACAAAGAAACCCUUCAAAUCGUCCUUCAGCUGCUCAGCUUUUAGAUCACGCUUUUGUAAGAAACGCAAUGCCGAUGGAAAGGCCUAUUGUGAGUGCCGAGUCUGCAGAAACAAUGAAUGUACCUUCAAGCACCAUGAGAUUACUGGACAUUGGACACGCUAGGAGUCUUCCGUGCUUAGACUCGGAGGAUGCGGUCAGUUACCAGCAGAAAGGAUUAAAACCUGGCUUGGGAUUCAGGUAUCCAUUAGCCAUUCCGUUUCUACCUUUAUUUCCAAGCAUCAAACCAUCUUUGUGGCUCAAAUUUCCUCCUUUUGGUCACAGUAUAUCGCAGUCUCCUAGGAACAUGUCGUGCCCGAUUUCACCAGUGGGUAGUCCAAUCUUUCACUCGCAUUCACCACACAUCAGCGGAAGAAGAUCUCCAUCCCCAAUAUCUAGUCCCCACGCUCUCUCCGGUUCAUCAACACCUUUAACAGGUUGCGGUGGAGCCAUCCCGUUCCAUCACCAAAGACAAACUACAAUCAACUUCUUGCAAGAAGGCAUAGGAUCUAGCAGAAGCCCUGGGAGUGGCGGAAACUUCUACACCAACAGUUUUUUUCAGGAGCCUAGACAGCAAGAUCGGCCGCGGAGUAGUCCAAGGACGCCUCCUCAUAUAUUUUGGGACAACAACGGUUCGAUCCAACCAGGCUAUGGUUGGAACAAGGACAACCAGCCAGUCCUAUCUGAUCAUGUGUCCCAACAGCUCUUAAGUGAGCAUCUGAAACUGAAGUCCCUCGACCUGAGACCCGGUUUUUCAACUCCCGGUUCGACAAACAGAGGACCCUAA